AUGUCUGAUAACGACAGCAAGGGUGGCUGGGUCUACAAAGGUGGCCAGCAGAGUCUUACGAAGCAAGAGAAGACUGUUAUGGAUAGAGGCUACCCGUGGGUAUCUAUCAGUAAAGUCGAAAAGGGUAUCUGCCUUGGGUAUCAUAAGCAUCACAGCGAAAAUACUCACUUGGUCCUCACUGGCGAGAUAUCCAUUUACCAACAGUACCUCGAUGGAGAAGAUCCAAUUCCCAAGUCGAAUCGUCUACUCCAUAAAGGUGGGAUUGCUGACAUGAAAGCCAACGUGGCCUAUGGGGCCACCACUACUAGAAAGAGUGGUAGUACGUUUGUUGAGGGUCACAAGGUUCUCAGUCCAACAACGCGAAACCGGUAUAUCACGCGAGGCACGAUCGUUUGGGAUGAUGAAGUCGACGACCACCCCUACCCAGUCGACGAAGAUGUCCGCAGAGAGGGUAAUGUGACAGAGCAAGUCUUCAAAGAAGUUAUAAAUCCUAUGCCGACAGCAACCUCGAAUAAUAUUCAAAGACCUGCAGGCCUGACUAGAUCCAAGACAGCAGCCCUCGCCAAAGCAGGGGAAGAUGUCCUAAGAGAGCAAGACGAAGAUGGAUCGAUUGAAUCGAAGCUGAUGUUUCUUGAGAUUUCGGAAUCAGCUGAGAAAUGA